CAAAUUUGUUUUGAGGCAGCAAAAUCCAAAGAAGGAAAGCUGUAAUGGAGGAGGAGCUAAGCAUUAACACCAAGGAGGAGUGUUGGAGUUGUGGUGUGAAAGCUGCACCAAGAGCAGCAAAUGAAAAGAAAGCUACACCAAGAGCAGCAAAUGAAAAGAAAGCUACACCAAGAGCAGCAGCAAACGAAGCUGCAAAUGUUUGAUGAAAUGAGGCUGAAAUGAACAGCAAAUGAAAUGCAAAUGAAAGGCUGCAAAGUAACAGCAAAGCAUAGCACAUGGAGCUGCGCAAAUGGCAGCAAAUCUUUGAAAGUAAUCUUGCAUUAAAUGAUUAGUAGAUUU